GAGUAGAACCGCCUACGCUGUUGAAAAAAAAGUCAGCCUGAGGCAUGUCUGAAUGAUAAAACCUUGCAGAACAGAGGGUGAGUGAGAGAUCGAGAAGAGACAGAGAGAGAAGAAACAGCAAAGGAAAACACCGAGUUAUUUUCUCCUUGAUUAAUUCAUACUUUCAUGAAUAAAGAUGGCCACUGCAAAUAUGUCAAGUUACAACGGUUCUAAGAUAAAAUGCAACUUUACAGAGGAUUUCAACCUCCUGCUACCAGUUACAUACAGUGUGGUGCUGGUAGUCGGCCUGCUGCUCAACCUGACCGCCAUGUAUGUCAUCGUGUUCCGACUCAAACACUGGAGCCCCAACACCAUCUACAUGAUCAACCUGACUGUGUGUGAUACACUCUAUAUCCUCACGCUACCUUUUCUGAUCUAUUAUCACGCAACAAAGAAAGACUGGCCAUUCACUGAACCGUUCUGCAAACUUAUACGCUUUCUCUUCUAUACCAAUCUCUAUGGUAGCAUCCUCUUCCUCACUUGCAUCAAUGUCCAUCGCUUCAUAGUUAUUUGCUACCCGGUGCGAUCACUGGGCUGGGUUAAUCCCCGCCGUGCCCGUUAUGUCUCAGUCCUUGUCUGGGUAGUUGUCCUCAUCUUCCAGGCACCAGUGCUCUACUUUUCACGAAUAAAGACUGAUAAUAGACAUAGCUGCACAGACACCACAACAGAAGACCUCUUUGAGAACUUCCUGCAGUAUAGCUCAGUCAUUUCAGUCAUUUUCUUUCUAAUCCCCUUUGUUUUAGUGAUAGUCUGCAACAGCCUGAUAGUUAAUAAACUCAUACAACCUAGCAGAGUAGGAGGUGCAAUAUCUCAGCGCUCAAGACAAAAGUCUGUAAAGAUGAUUGCCAUCGUAAUGCUGGUCUUCAUAAUCUGCUUUGUGCCCUUCCACUUCACACGAAGCCUUAACUACAUUUUCCGCUUCGUGAAAGUUAGCUGCAAACUCCGGGAUGGAUCGAAAAUUGCGUACAAGAUCUCAAGGGCACUAGCAAGUAUAAACAGCUGCACUGACCCCAUCCUGUACUUCAUGGCUGGCCAGGGAUUCCGACACUCUCUACCUAAGAUGAAGAAAGACCAGAAAACUGAGGACUAUAUGUGUGUGUCAAGCUCAGAUUAAAAUAUUAGUAUAUGAAUAUGAAGGACACUGAGGAGUUAAUAUGGAAAAA